CGUUGUCACCAUGGCCCAGUUUGAGGAGGUUCUGGACGGAGUGCGACUGGCUCUGACCUGCUCUUCUCCUGCUGAGAUCCAGGCUCUGCUGGAGGGACUGGUGGAGGAGCAGAUCAUUUCAGAAGCCUACAGCAACAGCUUGAGGCAGCAUCGACUGACCGAGAGGAUCACCUCUGGGUGUAUUCAUGACCGACUGGCACGCAAACCGGGGUUUGACCAAGGAUCCACCACUCACCAGUGUUAUCUCAGCCAGAAGGAAUGUGGGUCCCCAGGGUCUAGAGAAUCUACCACCACUGACCACAUCAAGACCAGUUUGGAGUCUGCGUUAUCAGUGGAUGAACAUAACAGUGCCAAGUCUCGGCUACUGUAUGAUGAUCAAGUUAUUCAUGAAAAUGUUCCCAAAUGUAUCCAAGAGUUGAGGGGGGGACAAGCAGCGGAUGAGCACUACCUUGAUGACAGGAUCACGUCUAGACCAAUAUGUUAUGAUGAAAUGAUGGAACUGCUGAGAAGUGCAGAAUCUCAACAGGAACUAGUAAGUGAUUAUGAAAGAUUUGAUGAGGGGAAUUCUGAGGAUAAGAAGGUGUGGUUAGAAGAGAUAGAGGAGGCGGCUAGGAGGAUCGCUGUUCCUCUGUGGCAGCACUGGGACAGAGGACAGAAGAUGUUGCUGCCACUGGUUACAACAAGUGACAAGGCAACGACACACAGUGAAGCACAAUGCCCUGUUCUGAAUAUGGAGGAGGAAACAGAGAUUGCAGCUGCUUGCAGGACACUGGACUUUUACACUGACCACUUUAAGGAGAUCAUAGAGACAAACUUCACAUUGGACACAGAAAGAGACACACCAAAAAGUCUCUGUUUCUCUACAUACAACAGUGUGAUAACUACUGGGCCGAAGACAGAUCAUUUUAGUGCCUCUGGCGCAGCAGAAAGCGGCUCACCUGUUGUAACCUGUGCAGCAACAGACACAAACGACAACAUGCUGGCGGGCCAGUUCUGCUGGGUAGCUGACAGGACCACAGACACAAUGGAUGAUCUGCUUUUUUUUGCUGCGGACACACAAUGUGGCACCGAUACUGGGUUUACAGAAGACAUUGAAGAUUUACAGUCUCCUUGUACGCCAACAGACACUUAUACUGUUGCACAAGACAGCUCGUUUUACUCAACCACACACAGUAGCAUGACAUUAGGUGUCAAAGACAGCUUAGAAAAUGUUUCCUGGACUGGCUGUGGUCCAACAACCCGCAGCACUGAUGACAGAACAGAGUUCCAUGAGGAUGAGGAGAGAGUGGAUCCACUCUUGGGUGUCAAGAUGCAGGACAUGGACCAGGACCCAUUUCUACCUGGAUCUCUACCAGAUUUAGAAAAGUUCCUGAAUGAUGAUCAAUUACUGAACGAUUACCUAGAUUUGUGGAGCAAUGAGGAUUUGUUGAGCAACGAGCAUUUCGACAGCUUCAUUCCUCCUUUGGAACCUUCAGUUGAUAUUUUCAAGACAGUAGAGCCGCCAAGCCUACUCAGCCAGCCGCCGACAAAGAAUGCCAACCUGACAGGCAAAAAAAGGGGGAAACGACAUAAAGGUUCCUGGCCCGGCAAUAAGACCACGCCAUCCAGACCAAAAAAGCACAAAGCAGCAGAGCCAACAAAAAGCAAAAAGGCACAGGCUGAGCCAGCUGUCACUCCCACUUGUGCAGACACUGACACUGGAUCAGAGCUGAGUCCACCACAGACAGUGGGCCUCUCCACCACUCCACCAAAAAUCCUACAGCUCCAGUUUAUCACCAUCCCAGACACUCCAGGAUAUCAGGUCGUUCAAACACUAAGGCUCUCUCCACCGGUUACAGCUGCUGGUGCUACAUACAUAUUAGUUCCUGCUGCUUCACCACCCUACAAACACCAAAUGCCACCGCUCUCCCCAUUGAACGGUGCGGUAGCACCAAUCCAGAUGAGUUCAUCCCCAUCAGGAUCUUUAUCAGAAACUGCUAACAAAGCCAUGUCUCCCACUGGUACCUCACCACUCUCCCCCAGUGAUGAACUGUCUCUAUGUAAAGAACCACAGCUUCCCCAGUCUCCUGCUGUCCUUGAUAUUCCACAGGUUGUAAAGGACUACAUUCGGGAAGCCAGAACCCACAUGAGUCAGACCUGCCAGGAUAUUGGGGAGGGCCAUAGUUUGACUUCUCAUUAUGUUGAUAUGCAAGUGAGUCAGAGAGAGAUUCAUCGCUCUGGAAAAAACACAAAUAAAUGCGCGGACAAGGAGCUGGUCUUCAUAGGAAAUACAAAUCGGCAAAAAGGCUCGUUGGGGCAGAUCUUUGAAGGCUCAAAAGGAGACAAACCCAUAUUGCUACUUGGCAAUGCAGGCAUGGGAAAAACCACCCUGAUCAGGAAGCUGUGUUUUGAUUGGUCCAGAGACAGCAUCCCACAGUUUGACUUUGUCUUCGUAUUAGACAGCAAAGCACUCACUUUAACGGAGUCGACCUACAGCCUUCAGACUCUCCUUUUAAACCUUUCCUCGUUUGCACCUUCCUGCACAGACCCUGAUGCAGUGUACGCUCAAAUUCUUGCGGCCCCUAAGCGUGUGCUCAUCAUUUUUGAUGGGUUUGACGGGUUGCGGGACUAUGAAAUCCUGCUCCAGACUCAAGAAAAGGACUUGAUUACUUCAUUUCAGAAAGACAGUAAAGCCCAGAACUACACAGUGAAACGUUUAUACUCUGCCAUCCUUCAGAAGGUCCUCCUCCCUGGCUGCACUCUUCUGCUCUCUACGCGGCCAAGAGGUGCUGCCAGCCAGCUACUGCGGCGAGUGGACAGCUUUCUGGAGGUCUGUGGAUUCACCCCCACAGAUGUAGAGACAUACAUGUCCCAGUACUUCACUGAUCCUGCCCUCAGAUCAUCUGCACUGGACCGCUUAAAAAGCUGUAGCUAUCUUCAUCUGCUUUGCUGGAAUCCCAGUCUUUGUCGACUGGUGUGCUUGGUUUUAGAACAGACUAAAAGUUUGGUGGCCCUACCAAGAACUUUAACUGGGCUCUGUCAUCAAGUACUUCGUCUGAAAAUGGAACUAGACAGGAACAGCACCAACUCACCGGCUGAAGCUCAAGCACAAAUAUCCCUGCAAUCUGUAGAAGAAACCCAGACACAAAUCUCAAGUAAUACUCAAAGGAAGAGGCGCUACAGUAAGACUCAGACAAAGUCCAGAGUGCAGGUUCGCUCUCGCCCCCAAAGCACAAGGAGGGCGAAAUGGCAGAAGAAGGAGGAAAUUGAAGUGGACGGAGAGGAGAUGGAGAGUGUUGAAAGGGAGGCCGACAGAACAGAACAGACAGAGUUGCUGAUCCAGCUCAGCUCUUUGGCCUGGGAUGGGGUCAAAGCCAGCUCCUCCAUACUUACCACAGUUGUAUCUGCCAAACUCAAGGCGUUUGGCCUCAGGACAGGGUUCUUCCUUUCUCACCCCCUAAAAACAAAGCCAGUUGUCUCAAGCGGUGAGGAGGAGGGAGGAGAAAGGGAGGACAAAGAGGAAAUAGGAGAACAAAAGAAAAAAGAAGGGAGGGGAAAGAGAUGGAGGACAGACAUCGAAAAUGCCGACAGCAGUGAUGACCGAAUCAUGUUGUGGGCCAACCCUUUCCUUCAGAGUUACCUGGCAGGGGUCCAUCUGGCUUUGUCAAGGACUGUAUCAGAACGCAGCUUCCUUCAGACCCUCCUGUUCCAGUCAGGCCAGAAGGGACGCCGGCGACCUCAAAGAGAGGAACUCGAACUCACUCAAAGAUUUGCAAUCGGCCUACUGUUCCACACCAGAACAGAGCUGCAGGGACUUCACUUAUACCCAGAGACAGCCUUUAGAGAUAUGGUCAGGAGCAAGCAGGCUUUAGUAACAAAACACCUUGAAGGUCUUUCCCAUGGUGACUUGAGCUCUGCCCAGGUCCUGGAGGCAUGCCACUAUGUUUACGAGACAAGUUUCAUUCAUGGCAACGGUAGUAGAGACAGUGGUGGCACACGACUGCUCACUCACCUGGCAUCGAAUCUUCCAGAAGUGCUGACAUUUCAUGGAGUUUCGCUCAACCCGCCAGAUGUGUUCAUAGUGCAGAAUGUUCUCAGCAGGGGUGGAACUGAAGGCAGAAGUUUCUGUUUAGACGUGGAGGAUUCUGGGAUAAAUGUUUCUGGACUCCAAGCUCUAGUGGGACUCAGCAACAUCAACACAUACAGGGCUUGCAUUGCCGAUGUCAUCACCCUGUGGGAGCAGCUGGAGCAGAGUGGUGAGGAGGGGCUCCUACAAGGGGCAGUGUCCAAACUCAAGAUCGACCCUCUGAAAGCAACACAGGUGUGUCACAUAGAGCACCUGGCAAAGCUGGUGAACAUACAUACGCACAGGAGGCUGUCAGACAGUUCCAGCCAAUCAAAUUCCAUCCUGGCAGAGGGAAUACCAGCUGUCAAAGAGCUAUAUAAGCUGCAAGUUGAGCUUGGUCCAGAGAAAGGUCCCCUAGGUCUUCCCAAGCUGUGGGAGCUCCUGCCAGGUUUACAGAACCUAAGGCACUUAGAUCUAGAGAACAGUGAGAUUAGGGACAAAGGAGCAGAGCAACUGGCUGAUGCUUUGGUCUCACUUUGUUCCCUGGAAGAACUCAAUCUGUCAGACAAUUGUAUCGGUGACUGUGGGGUGAAGAAACUCACAACCACAUUGAGGGAUUUGCCUAAACUGCGCUGUUUAAGUCUCUUCAGAAAUGUGAUUUCUGACGAAGGGGCAGAGAGUUUAGCAGCUGUCCUCCCACACAUGGAUGCUCUCACUGACCUGGAUCUAUUAUUCAACAAGCUGACAGAUGUUGGAGCACAAAGUCUUGGAGACAGCCUGAGAAACUGUCAUAAAAUUAAGACUCUAAGGAUGUGGAACGAGCGUAUGUCCUGUAGAGUGAUUGAGAGACUUCAGCAUCAGGACAACCGGAUCUGUUGUCACUAGAACAAUGUGGAACCUCUGUACUACAAGGCUAUAAACGUACUAUCAUGCAUGACAUGCAUUCAUGUUGACACUACACAGUCCAUUUUUUAAAGCAUGUUUGUUUGAUAGACUGCAACAGGAACAUGAGGUGAGCAUGAGAGAGGGGAAGUGCACUAAAAGGAACCAAACCUGGAGGGUUAUUUGCUGCUUUAACAGUUUACCAAAUUCUUUUCUCAGAUUAAUUUCAGUGCUACUGUACAAGAAAACUAUGAAUCCUUCACCACCACAUGGUAUACACAGUAGUAAAUGAUUGGUGAUGCUUGGCACAAACUGUAGAUGCACAUUUGCACUAUGAUCAUUUUUAUAUUGUUUUUACAGAAGUGUAUGUUGGUUUGUAUCAGUUAAAACCUUUUUUUCUGUCUGAUGCCAUUGUCCCAAUGGCAUCCCACUAUACUUCUUUGUUUUUGUGUUUGUAUUUUUGGUUUUGUACAUUUGUGGCUUUCUCCAGACAUCUUAAUGUACAGUAUGUUAAAUAAAAUGUUUCACAU